AUCCACACUGCGUCUGGGGCGAGGCUAGCACGACUCUAUGUAUCUCGUAUCACUAUGGAUAUUCUUGUUUGUGCCAAUCACAUCUUCGUUUGAACCUGGAGUUGCUGUCGUCAAGACAGUCGCAGGAGGUGGAGACGUACACAUAGGCGAAAAAAGUGACUGCGUCGACGAAAAACGAACUAUGGAUGGCGUUGGCUCUGACGCUCGAUUUAACUACCCGUGGGGUAUCGCCUACGAUGGGAUCACUCACUCGCUUUACGUCGCUGACUGUGGCUGUCCAAACACCAAACACAGCAAUGAUCGCAUUCGAGCAAUCAAUCUUCCUACACUUGCUGUAGCGACACUUGCUGGUGCUCGGCAGGGCUAUCUAGAUGGGAAAGGAAUUGCGGCCCAGUUUUUCCACUCAGCUGGAAUGUGUGUUCAUCAUCGAGACCGGCAGAUCUUCAUAGCAGACAGCGGCAACAACUGCGUUCGACGGGUCAGUAUAAAUACAGGUGACGUCAUAACGUUCGUUGGCAGCAGACAACCCGGGUUCCAAAAUGGUGUCGGCCAACAAGCCGGUUUAUAUAAUCCACAAGGCAUAUGUCUCGAUGAAGGCAGGGAUAUCCUCUACAUAGCCGAUACAGACAACCAUCUAAUUAGAAGAGUCCUUUUGUUGAAACGAUUAGUGCAUACGAUAGCUGGUCAGGCCAGAAGAAAAGGCAACGCCGAUGGUUAUGGUGACACAGCUCUUUUCUAUCAUCCGACCGGUUUGGCUUAUGAUUCUACUCACGACAUCCUAUACGUGACCGAUCACUACAAUCACCUUAUCCGACGAAUACUAUACCCGGAUACCAAUCCUUACGUGUCUACCCUGGCGGGAAGCGUGCAAGGAUAUCGGGAUGGCACUGGCAUCCUGGCACACUUUAACUAUCCCGAAGGCGUGGCGUUCGAUCGUAUACAUCGCGUACUAUACGUUGCUGAUUUUGACAACAACGCUGUUAGAAUUGUCCAUGAAGACGGUCAUGUGACAACACUAGCCGGAGGUCAACAGGGUGCAUUGGACGGUAUCGCAACUGAGGCGACAUUCUAUCACCCAACUGGCCUCACUUUUGAUGCAACCAACAAUACUUUAUAUAUCACCGACCAGUACAAUCACAAGAUACGCAGCAUAACCACGCUAGGGGCAACGAUAAGUCUGCAUCAAGGGAAUCGAAUGCCGAUAUAUGGCUACGGGAUGCUACUGACUGCAGUCAUAGUAGUGGUCGCAAUACUAGCAAGAAGACGUGAACUAAUGCGUCUCGUCAUGUAAAUGGCUUAUUUCGUCACUUUGAGGUCGACUGGGUUAUGUUUUAAUCCGUGCAGUCA